AUGCCGACAAACCCUGUGACUAGUACUAGUGUGCAAGAUAAUAUUAUGCAACCUAGUACUUCCCAACAAGUACCCCGACCAGCGCUGCCCCGAAGGCCCUCGCCCUACACCGACGUUUUGAGCAUGAGCAGGAGCUCGCCGAAAGUGAGAGGCAACGUGAACUACAGCUGGCCGAACGCGAGAGGCAACGUGAAAGUCGAGUGGCAGCACUCCGUCAGCAGG